CUCGUGGAUGUAUCAAACACACACACAAACACACACACACAACAAAUCCACCGGGCCUCAAUGAGUCCCGUCAUGGACCUGCACCAGAGUGUGAACGCGGUGAUCCAGCAGCACCAGUCUCGCGCUCUGCCCGGUACCAGCUCGCCCAGCGUCCUCCUCGCGUAUAAAAACGCGACGCAGAGACUCGUCGCGACCGGGUUCAAAGUCAGCACGCUCUCCAAAGCGGGAAUGGGUAUCCUGAAACUGGCCACGACUCACCUGAAGCAGCAGGAGAAGAAAGCGCGGGUGGUGCGCGCGUCCAGUGUGGGGAAAGUCGACUGUAGAAAGUCUCCUCUUGACCAACUGGCCGCGCUGGUUUUGCACGGGCAAGCGCGUCUCCAGCCGCUCGCGAACGAGGCGCACGGCUCCGCAAAGCCGCAGAACUGCAGGCGCGUUGUGGUGCUCGGCGCGCCGCGCGUCGGGAAGACCUCGAUCCUGCGUCGGUUCCUGCGCGACGGCUUCGAGGAGCGAUACGAGCCCACCGCUGAAGAUUUCCACCGCAAACUCUACCACAUCCGAGGCGAGACCUACCAGAUAGACAUCCUGGACGCGUCCGGGGAACGCUCGUUCCCCGCCAAGAGGAGACUCUCCAUCCUCACCGGUGAUGUAUUCCUGCUGGUGUUCAGUCUGGACGACCGCAGCUCGUUCGAGGAGGUGUGUGCUCUUCACGCCGAGAUCCAAGCGGCUAAGGCGGCGCUACACAAGCAGAAGGUGUGUGUGCCGACGGUGAUCUGCGCCAACAAGCUGGACCUGGCGUCGGAGCGGCGUGCGGUGUCGCGGACGGAAGUGCUGCGCUGCCUCGGCUCCGGCUGCGCUCUGGUCGAGACCUCGGCGAAGGACGCGGUGAACUUGGAGCAGGUGUUCGAGGCGCUGGCGCGGCGCGGGGGACUCCCGCUGGAGACCGGACCCUCGCAGCACCGGAAAGUGUCCAUCCGCUCGUACCAGGCGCUGCGGGCGGCGAGCGCGACGUGUGACGCCCCGUGCGGAGCCGUAUAUCCGCUCGCGCGCAGGCCGAGCUUCGGCACUGACCUCCGGCUGGUGCUCGGGCCCAAAGCAAACAGAAAACAGGGCAGAGCGCUGGACAAGUGUCCGAUUCAGUGAAACUGAGAGACACAGAACUGUCAAAACAAACAGCACUGACAAUACUCAACGUUUCCACUGAUAUAUGCGUGUUUG